GCCAGCAGCGGAAGGCGGAAGCGGCGCCGGGGGCCGGGCACCGGGUCCGGUUGGGGCAUGGCGGGGUCCGGUUGGGCCCCGCCGCGCCUGGACGGGUUCAUCCUCACCGAGCGGCUCGGGACCGGCACGUACGCCACCGUCUACAAGGCCUACAGGAAGAGGGACACGCGUGAGGUGGUGGCCAUCAAGUGCGUGAGCAAGAGGAGCCUCAACCGGGCCUCGGUGGAGAACCUGCUGACCGAGAUCGAGAUCCUCAAGACCAUCCGGCACCCGCACAUCGUGGAGCUCAAGGACUUCCAGUGGGACAGCGACCACAUCUACCUGAUCAUGGAGUUCUGCGCGGGGGGGGACCUCUCCCGCUUCAUCCGGAUGCGCAGGAUCCUCCCGGAGAAGGUGGCGCGCGUGUUCCUGCAGCAGCUGGCCUGCGCCCUCAAGUUCCUGCACGACCACAACAUCUCCCACCUGGACCUGAAGCCGCAGAACAUCCUCCUGAGCGCCCCGGAGCACCCGCAGCUGAAGCUGGCAGACUUUGGGUUUGCCCAGUACAUGUCCCCAUGGGAUGAGAAGCACGUCCUGCGUGGCUCCCCGCUCUACAUGGCCCCCGAGAUGGUGUGCCGGCAGCAGUACGACGCCCGGGUAGACCUGUGGUCGGUGGGGGUCAUCCUUUACGAAGCACUCUUUGGGAGGCCGCCCUUCGCCUCCCGCUCCUUCGCUGAGCUGGAGGAGAAGAUCCGCAGCGAUCGGGCUGUGGAGCUGCCCAGCCGGCCCCUGCUCUCCCCGGAAUGCCGGGAUCUCUUGGGACAGCUCUUGGAAAGGGACCCUUUGAAGCGCAUCUCCUUCGAGCGCUUCUUUGCGCACCCCUUUGUGGAUAUGGACCAUGUCCCCGGCCCCGAGAGCCUCUGCAAGGCGACCGACCUGGUGGUGGAAGCAGUGAAGAAGGAUCAGGAGGGAGAUGCCUCUGCUGCCCUGUCCCUCUACUGCAAGGCCCUGGAGUACUUUGUGCCUGCUCUGCACUAUGAAAGCGAUGCUCGCCGGAAGGAAGCCAUCCGGGCCAAGGUGGGGCAGUACAUCUCCCGAGCGGAGGAGCUGAAGGCAUUGGUCACCUCCAGCAGCAAGACCCUCCUGCAGAGAGAGAACCCGGCCAGAGAGCUCCUUAGAGAGAUGGCCAAGGACAAGCCCCGGCUCUGCACUGCGCUGGAGAUGGCUUCUGCUGCCAUCGCUAAGGAGGAGGAGGGCAAGGACGAUGCUGACACCCUGGAGCUGUACCAGCAGAGCCUGGGGGAGCUGCUGCUGCUGCUGGCUGCGGAGCCUGCGGGGAGGCGCCGGGAGCUGCUGCACGCAGAGAUCCAGACCCUGAUGUCUCGAGCCGAGUACCUGAAGGAGCAGAUGAAGAUGCGGGAGGCACAAUCCAUGGGCAAGGAAGCGCUGGCAGAGCCCGUACGGAGCAGUGAGUGUCCAUCCCCAUCCCAUCGGAGCCUGCGGUCCUGUGGUGGGGAAUGCCCCUACUUGGGGAUAUUCCUGCCCACGGGUGAUCCCGACCCCGCACACCUUUAUGCAUGCAUGGGCGCUGGGAGACAAUGGCUUGUGCAGCCCAAUGAGUGUCCCCUGUCCCCCGCACAGCCUGUACCUUGCAGUGAUGCCCGGAGCCGGCCGCCGGGAUGCUGCUCACCCAGGGAGGAUGGAGGGGGUGACGAGGCUUUCAUCCUGCCUGCACUGGGGUAACCGCCUUGGGGAGCUCCCCUGCUCGGGUGGGUCCGCAGGGCCAUGUGCCUGCUUCCCUUCCCGACAGGCGGGAUCCCCUCCAGCCCUGGUGUGCCGUUAUUCCACCCUAAUUCCCUCCGCUGGCUGCCACGGGUGGGUGUUGUUAUCCUGGCACCGCCUCCGGCAGGAUAACCCCGCAUCCUGCCCGUGCGGCUCCUGUCUCUUCUUCCACCUCCCGCGUCCUCCUGGGGGGGCCCUGAGCACCGCACAGCCCCACUGGUGGGGCAGGCAGCAGGGCUCGGCACGCUGUGCCUUUCUCACCCAGCAACUACCUCUCUGCGCCCAUCACCGCGCCUCCGGCCUCCAUGGCCCGGCCGGCCCUCCCUCCUGCUGCUCCUCAACCUGUGCUGGGGGCUGGUGGGUACCGACUGCGCUUUCAUCUGUGCCGUGAGGGGUCAGUGCUCAGUGGGCAGGGUGAGAGCUCUUGGGGCUCUCACAACCCCAGCAGCCCACUUACAUCCCCAGACCACCCCCAAGUCCUGCUGAAUCACUUCGGGUGCUGAGGUCGCCUGUCCUGCAGAGCAGGGGCCCUCCUCCCUGUCUGCUGCACUGCAAAGGGAAUGUAAUUUAUUGUCUCAAAUAAACACUUGGUUUGGGUU